AUGAAAGCCUUUCAAAUUAACAUUCCUUUCAUUGAGGUGGUUUCCCAAAUGCUUAAGUAUGCCAAGUUCUUGAAGGAACUACUCACAAAUAGGAAGAAGAUGGAGGAGGUAUCCAAGGUGGUUCUUAAUGAGAAUUGUUCAACCACAAUGUUGAACAAAUUGCCAAAGAAGAUGGGUGACCCGUGUAGUUUGAUUUUGCCAUGCGAAUUCGAGAAUUUAGCUACUAGUUAUGCAUUGGCUGAUUCGGGGGCGAUUGUGAACCUUAUGUCGUAUUCAUUCUUUAAGAAGUUGAACCUUUCAGAGCCGAGACCCAUUCGAAUGGCAAUUCAUCUAGCAAACAAGACGGUGACAUUUCCAAGGGGGAUAUGUGAGUACCUAUUGGUGAAAGUUGAUAAGUUUGUAUGUCCCACGGAGUUCAUAGUGCUAGAUAUGGAAGAAGACCAUCAAGUGCCGAUCAUUCUUGGGAGACCUUUCCUAAAUACCGCAAGUGCCAUAGUGGACAUAAGAGAAUCAAAACUUACCCUUCAGGUGGGAGAAGAUUCAGUUACAUUUGGAGUUAAUCGAGCCAUGAAGCACUCUAAUUUUAGUGAUAACACGACGUUCUUGGUGGACAUUUUGGAAGAAUUAAUGGAAGAAUGGAAAGAAGACAAGUCCAGCGAAUCCACUGUUGCCUUUGAAGAUGACUUUGAUGCUGAAAGCGACCUGAAGGAGAAAGAAAGUUUACUCGAAAAAAGUGAAUACAAAGAAUUAACAAGAAGUUCUGAUAAGUCAACUCGACGAGUUGAAGAGACUAACUCGAUGAGUUAA